AAAAACCUGCAUAAAUAUGAGUCAUCAAACGAUUUUGUUGAGUUAUUACCAUUUGUAGUAAAAACACUGGAAGCAAUUUAUUCUACGUGGGGUGUACCAUCUUCUAUUGAUGCUAAUGUUUUAUUAAAAAGUGUAUUGGAUUCUGAGUUUCUGGUUUCUUUAUAUGAUACAAAGGUAAAUUUUUAAUUGGAAAUUUAUACAAAUAUAUAAUUAUAUAGUAUAAAUAUAUAUUUAAAUAUUUUAGAUAUUUUUUGCCUUUGGAAUGCCUGUGUGUAAACAACUACAGAAAGAACGGACAGAUUUAAAAAACAAUUUAAGUACUAUUGAAUUAUUAGUUAAUACUUUAAAAGAAAUGAGACAAGAUGCAGAAAAAGAAUUUCACAUUUUAACAUUUCAUACAUUUUUUAAUUAA